AUGUCUCGAUUCCUGCGAUCUUUUGGGCUGCUGAAACAAGCGGUAACCCCGGGAACUACUUCACAUUUCGCUGCUGCUACGACUUCUUCUGUUCCUCCUCGGUUGAAAGCACACACCUCUGAGGGGGAUGCUGCCCUCCCAUUCCACGACUCGGUCAUCUACAAACUAGACGACCUCAAAGUGCGCAUCUCAGAAACUCCAACGUCCACUAAGAAGUGGGAGAUCAAUAUCCCUGGCAAUGACCACCCCAUCAAAUUCAAGUCAAAGCACGAUGCUGUCCACUUUGCCAUUUUCCAAGGCUGGGAGUUUGAUGUCAGCCAGAGGGAAAGAUAG